AUUUCCAAAAUUUUGUUUCCGGAAACAACUUUCUUAUUCCACAAUUCCUGACUCUCAAACGUUACCUAGUGGAAUAAGGGGAACUCCCUCCUUUCCUCUUAUUUUUCGGUCUCUUCUUGGUGAAGGCUAUGAGCAGCCCAUCCUCUACGUUUCCUAUAGGUGAUGCUCCUUGGAGAAGGCUCACGUGAUCCAACUUGUUCCUUUGCCUCAUCCUCCUAAGCCUUGAAGCCCAGCUCGUGGAAUGGUGAAAUCUUGAUCCGUUGAAGAUUCUAGAAAGCGUGUUGCAGAGGUGAAUCUCGGAUUCAAGAGGACCACACCACUUUCAGAGCAUGCAGCUGAUAAGACUGUGGUUGGUAGGGGUUCCAAGGAGCGGAAACCUCUUCUAUAGAUAAGGAAUGCCCAAUUUGUCAAGAAAGUAUGGGAAUGUUGAUGGGAUCAUGUUCAAAGAAUUGAACAGAUAUUGAGGGUUGUACAGGAAGCACAAAAUCUGACUAAGGUGAUAGAACUUGGUGGGUAUAUGCUUGGGUGGGUUGCCCAAAAAUGGAGGCCCCUUGUUUUUCAUGGUGAUUUGUUUUCAGUUAAAGAAAAUGGGCAUUGAAAUUGCAACAAAAAGAAAAACAAACUACGUAUUUACAAGAACUAACAAUCACUAAAAGUCUAAAAGUAUUAAAACAAAAUGUAGAUAUCAAGUUGUGUUGUUUAUGAUGAUUAAGAAACUGGCAAUAGUAUAAAUCUGUGAAAAUUCCAAAGUUGUAUAAGAAAGAGAAAAUGCAUACUACUUUUCAUGCGGACUAGAUAUGUUCCUUAUAUGUUGAUCCUCUAAGGACCUCCGUGUAUGCAUGCUAGUCUCGCGUAUCGUUGGCAUGUUGAGUUUCAAUUUUGUGCUAUAAAAUUCUUUAUUUCAUCUUUGUACUGAUAGGACAGUAGCUGUCCAUAAAUAAUUAGAAACACUACUUUGAAGAGAUACUCUUUCCAGCCGUGGGUAUACAAAGGUAUGCAUUUGAGGUUUAACACGAUCUUCUUCUUCAUAGAUUGUUAAUGCAAGUGGCAGAAAUCUCAAUAUUAAGAUGCAUGAACAAGAAAGAAGUGGUAGCACGUGAAAUUGCUGAAAGUCAUGCUAUGGCCUUUAACAGCAGUGGAGAACUUACAUGUACAGGGUCCUUAUGGAUUUUAAAAGCAAGAAAAGAAACAUCACAGCUUAGUUGGUUGUGAUGCAUUUAUCCCUAGUUGCCACGAGAGAGAGAGAAAGUGAGAGAGAGUACCUCGCCGAUGGAGGCCUGCAGGUAUGGAGACAGACAGGAGGGGAGAGUGAAAGAGAUGAUGCUUUAACGGGCAAAAGAUAUAUUCCCAGUAACUGAGGAUGUUCAACGAAUCAGGCCCAUGUCCAAACAGGCAUCCGUCCAUGUAAGCAUGUUGACACGAAUACGACACUUUCUCAAGUGCACCUGUGUAUCAUAGCUGUCCUCCAUUAAGCAACUCACUUGGUCUGUGUAACAGUUUUUUCAUACCACGACCAAUUUGAUGGAUACGGUGCGAAUGUUCUAUAAGGUGUUUGUGCUCUCCUAUGUUGACAGGAAAACAUGUGCCUUUUGUUUUUGGCAAAUUUAGGUCUAGACAUUUCAUCCAACUUUUUGGAAUAUUAAUGCCGGUUUGCAAUGCUGGUCCAUGUUGGGGAGGUUCAUUAUUAUGCCCAUGUGGAUUGCUGAGAUAGAAGGAAGAACUAUCAGAACUAGAUCCCUGGAAUCAUCAAUGUAGGGGGUCUAACUUCGUACACAAUGCAUUGUGCUUUCUUAUCCACCUCAAUCUGCUGAUACCACAGGUGGACCAAGUCCUUGCUGUAAGAGGACAAUUUUUCAGUACAAGUUUAAGUUGCCCUGUCUCAGUUUCCAUUUCAAAAAGGCUUUCCAUAAUCCCAAAAGGAAAUUGUAGUUAACAAUUCAUAAUCAAUAUGCUAAAACUAUUGCCUAGAUGUUGAUUUGCUAAAGCUUAAUCAUUCAAAUCUUCACUAUUGUAGAGUUCGUGCUUAUAGAUCUGCAGUUUUGUGAGAAGUAGAAAAUUUUAGGUCUUUGCUUAUUUGCCACAUUAACAAGAACAUCUCAGUUGGUACUGCAGGACAACCAACAGUAAGUUUUUUGGUCCAUUUUAACAUUUUCCCUGUUGCAGCGAACAGGUGAAAAGGAUUCCUGGAAUUAAUAUUCUGGGCUACCAUAUACAUGCCCAAACUAGGAUUUUGAAUUGUUUUCCCUCUUCCAGCUAUACCAGAAUUACAAGCACAGAACCUCAAGUUAUGGGUUUUUGAGAAUGGUAUAUUGGUUGUUAAGCAGGAAUGAGGCCACAGACUCCUUGGAGCUCAAUUUUCAUAAUCUUCAGAAUAUGCUCAGAACUUGUUUGUGAAUGUUUUUGGUUCUCAAGCGAGAGAUUUGUGUUCGGUUCUAACUAGUCUUGCUAAUUUUGGUGUUUCAGUCUUUUUUUUUUUUCUUCCAAGUGCAUCUAAUGAGAUUUCUGAUUUUGAAUCGACUAGUUAUUUUGCUGGUUGUCCUAGAGAUUUGCAUCUCAUACUUUCGUUGAUACUAUCAUUGUGUAUUAGGAAAUGCAAAUAAAAUGGUGGUUUGACUUUGACUUCACCCUAUAGCGAGGGGAGAGAGGGAAAUAUAUUUCCUGGUUUCAGAAUUCCAUUCAGUCAGUGGAAACAAUAUUUGAACUUGUUUUUUUAAAUUCUGAGAUUUUCCAAACACCUUUCCAGUAAAGAAAAUGAAUUAAGUUUUUCAAAAACAUGGACAGUGGAUCCAGGAAAAUGUAAUGAAACAGGCCCUACGUGUUGCCAUCUUUUGGAAAAUCUGAACUUUGAUAUUUUGGAAAGCGGACUUCCUGUUUAUGGAAACAUGGUUUCCCUAUUGAAAAUACAUAGUUUUGCUCUUCUAGAUUGAGCUUUUGGGGCUUUGAUAAGUUUUCUGCCAUGAUAUAACUUUAACCAUUGCCAUAAAUAUUGUUCUCGGGAAAAUAUCAGCAAGGCAUUUCUCGGGUACUUUUUAGCAAAUUUGUUUUUCUCUGGAAAGUUUUGGGAAAAAUCUUGGCAAAUUUUAAGGAAAUAAAAAAACCUAAAAAUUAGAUUAAACAAAUUAAGCAAAUGAGAAAAUAAUAAGAAAGCGAACAAUUGUCAAAAAUCACAAAAAAAUCGCCAGAUAUUCAUUUUUGCUGGGAUUUUCAAAAUUUAGUGGGAUUUUCCCGAUAUUUUCAUUUUACUUGUUUUUCUUGUAAAUAUAGCAAGAUUUUCAAAAAUCUCGUGAUAUCUGUGAGAGUGGCUUUAACUUCUUAUCUGAUUCUGAUCCUCUCUUGAUUUUCUUUGAGUGUCAUUUUUCUUUCUUUUUUCAUGUGGCUCUGCAAACUUAUUCAUAUGUAGUACAUCAGAUGCUAUGAUGUAAUUGAGCAUGUUUUUUUUUCCUGAGAAAUGUCUGCAUUACUUUUCUGAAAUAUUUAUAACAGGAUUUAGGUGUCUACUUUGGACCUGGAUUUUUUAGAGAUUGACAGAUUUAGAUAUUAUCAUUGUCAAUCGCCUUGUGCAUUUGAAGUUAAGGAUAGCUCUAAAGCAAUGGGAGAUAUUGACAUGAAUGGAAAUGUCAGAAAGAUAGUCUUUGUCACCGUGGGAACAACUUGUUUCGAUGCUUUGGUCAGAGCUGUUGACUCGGAAGAAGUUAGGACAAUAUUAUUGAAUAAAGGCUAUACAGAUCUUCUUAUUCAACUUGGACGUGGAUCAUUUAGGCCUUCUAAGUCUGCAGGAGAGAAUGGCUCUUUGGUGGUUGACUAUUUUACCUUUUCACCUAGUAUUGCAGAUCAUCUGAGGUCAGCAUCCCUUGUUAUCAGUCAUGCAGGAUCAGGAAGCAUAUUUGAGACCUUGCAUUUGGGUAAGCCUCUGAUUGUAGUUGUGAAUGAGGACUUGAUGGAUAAUCAUCAGUGUGAGCUGGCUGAAGAACUAGCAGAGAGAAAACAUCUCCUUUGUGCCAGUCCCCAAACAUUGUACCCAACUCUUGUGAACAUGAACCUUGAUUCAAUCAUACCUUACCCACCAGCAGAUGCAACCCCUGUUGCAAAGAUCCUAACCCGAUUUCUUGGUUUUCCUAGUGACUGAUACAACAAUCAGCCUGCUAGAUCUCCUGGUGAAGAUUACUUCAUCCAUCCAGUAGCGCUUGACCUGAAUUAUUAAACACCAAUAAUUUUGGUUCACGAGCCCAUCACUCUUGAGUAUUUUGUACGCCACAGUUGUAUGGUAUGUCAUUCAUGGUGGAUACGAUUGUCUAACAGAUGACAAAUUUAAAUCCAUUUUGCCUUGUUCUAA